GAACUUCCAAAAGAAAACAUUCAUGUUUCAAACUUGAAAGAAAACUCCAAGGAGAAUGCAAAAAACCUAGCUAAUCUUGAUACAAUGAUAAUACAUAUAGAAGAGAUAACCAAGAAGAAUAAUGAAACUGAUGACAAGCUUAAAUCUCUCUAUAUUCAAAAAGAGGUAGAAAAUCAACUUUUGCUCAAUAAAACUCCAAGAGAUAAGCUAACAAUAGAGGAUUUAGCUCAAACCUUUGCUUUACAAAAGUUUGAUAUGAAUAAGAAAGAAAAUACUCCACCUAAUAUAGAUGAUGAAGGCUUCAUCACAGUAUCUAAUAAGAAGAAAAAUAAUAGAAAAAAUCACUAA